AUGCUGGUCUUUCUUACGACCCAGUUGUCGAUGAUGUUUCGUUUAGAUAAGAGGCUUGAUUCUGCAAACACCGUUGAACUUACUUCCUUUAAUCAUAGAAAUGAAGAAUCGGCCUCUUCGUCUCAAGAUUGCGUGCAAACAAACGGCGUGCAAAAGACGAUUGGAAAUCAUGUCUUGUGUCCAAGAGAAAUUAUUGGGCCAACUGGUACAGUCCGGGGGUUCAAAAAUAUGAUAAAAGAAAGAAAGGAGUGCUUGAGAGUAGGCUUUGUUGGGAAAAGUCUUGAGGUAGGUCCACACAAAGCUUCAAUGCACUGUGUAAGAUUAGUGUAUGAGUAGAUCUAUGUACUUAACUUUGCUCCUUGUUAAUUAUUUAUGCAAACAUCGAUAUGUCUUUGUCACAAACUCGCUAUCCCAAUUUUUCUUCUUUCUAUUUAAUAGGAAAAGGAGGAAGGGAAGAUCAUUGUGUACACCACAUCGAUGGGAGGAAUUCGCUCCAAAGUGGAGGAGUGUGCAUACGUCAAGAAAUUGUUCGACAAUUUAGGACUUAAAGUAGAUGAGCGGAAUAUAUUUAUGCAUAAGGAUUAUCAAAACCAGCUUGACAAAAGACUAGGAAUUCAGAACGCUUCCGUGCCGCAUGUGUUUGUAAAUGGAGCUUCUUUAGGGGUAAGAUGAGUGUGGCAUGGUAAAUACAUUGGUGACCGGUUCUUGAGGGAUUGAUUGAUUGAAAUUGCUCACAUAUUAAAGCGACUACUUAAACCCUACUUGAUACUCGAGUAUUGAAAACCUAAGUUAAAAAACUUGUUGUCCGCAAAUGUAAAAGCAAUAUGUGAUGACAAUUAUUGUUUUGAUUUGUUGUAUAGUUCAUUUUGCACAUUGCCCUAUGUGGGGCUUUAAUCAAAGUUAUGGCAUGCAAUUAUAUCAGUCCCACACCAUAUCCGUCGUUGCUACGUUCCCCUCAACGGUCUUCAUAGCAAUCAAAACAACAAGGCUUAUUUGCAUUUCGUCUUGUUUUAUGACAAUAUGCCCGAAGACUGCGUAGAUUGUACUCCUCCAGCUUUUAACAGCAUAUUGCCUUGCUUUGUUGUAUAAACAGUGAUCACAAAAAUAUAAUUCAGCCAUAAGAAAAAGAUGCCGAAUAAAAUGUUUUUCUUCGUUAAAUUUUCCAUAAUGCCAUAUAUCUAGAUAUUCUUACACCUGAUUGCGAUAACAUUGUCCCAAAAAAUGUUAGACAAGAUGAAAAAGCAAAAUAGGAAUUUGUUAAACAUAUCCAGUUUUUCAUGCUUUUCCAAAGCACUGACUAAUCUUAGUAUAAAAUAGAAUAUGUAGGUUUUGCAUUUUGUCCUCCUCAUACCUACAGCCGCGCUCAUUCUUUAAAGAUAAUGAGCCAGUCAGGGUAUUCCAGGAUAUUCAAGGUGUUUUUUUAUGAGUAGUUUUUUUAUCUAUCACUUUUAGCCACAGUUUUCACAGUUUUUCUGAGAAAUUUGCGCGUAAGCAUGCAAAAUAAAAGCACCUGUUUGAGUGCAAAAACGAAAGGCGACAUCUUUUUCCCAGAAGAAUUUUUUCAACUAAUAUAGCUUUCCUGCUGGGCAAUGGGGUGGAAGAAAUCUUAAUCAUCGGUUAGCUUUGCUUGAUUGAUGUUAGAUUAUUAAAGAUGGCGGGUUUCUUGGAGAGUGGGCAACGCUCGAGCACAUAAGAUGCUGUGAGUUGCCCAAAAAGCUGAAACUCCUACGCCUAGUAGCCUCCCUGGCAGACGUUCUUAAGGAUACGUCACGCGUAUAAGGAACACGUAGGAACGAAGGCCUAAGAAGUUUCUGUCGGAGGCUGGGCUAAGAGUUGGUGAAAAACUGCAAUCAAGACUAAUGCAGUUUUAAUACUUCUUUUCCUUUUCCCCCAGGGCGUUCAAGAACUAGAACAAAUGAACGAAACUGGAGAACUGAAGAGACUGCUUCAAAGUUUUGAGGUAAAAAGAAGAGAAUUACCUUCUAGGGUAACGUUUUGGGUAGAGGGUUCCUCUUUGAAUCUCUGGGGAUUCCUGGUCUUAAAACACUUUAAACAAAGACUUCAUACGUUUUCAAGGAUAACAUCUGUGUGCUACUUGCAUCAAAUAACGUGCUCUUCAAUUACAAGCGGAGCGAAAAGUUCCAAAAAUGUCAAAAAUGGCACCCACUCAAUCCCAAUCUGGUGAGUCUCGGAUCAGACUCGGUGUUAGCAGCUUUUAGACUCUAGUAGCUUGCAAAGCUUAACUGGAAGAGCUGAUGCUAGCUCGUUUUACCUAAAUAGUUCAUCAAAAAAAUUGUUAAAAUCUAAAGGAAAUUCACAAUGUGUUGUCAGUUGAAAUGAUAACUGGAUGUUUUUUUUCCUCUAGAGGCGGGAUAACAAUGUAUGUCACAGCUGUGGUGGCUUUCGGUACAUUAACUGUACUCAAUGUCAUGGAAGCAGAAGAUCACGAACAACAAGAAUUUCUAGACAGAUCAGUGUUCUUCGAUGCACUGCGUGCAAUGAAAAUGGAUUACAACGCUGCUCGGAGUGCAGCAGCUCAAUGUAA